CGCACCGCGCGCUGCGGACGGCGCUGCGGUACCGCGGCCGCCGCGCCGCCCCCUCCCGUCCGUCCGUCCACCCGCCCGCCUCCGCCUGCUCGCCCUCCUCCCUGCCCGCGGGGCACGGGAGCCGGUGACGGGAGCGAGGCGGAGUCUGGAGGGAAGAUACGGAGAGAUAGAGAUUUAAAUCACAUCCCCGGCUGUAGAAGGGCAGCAGCAGCAGCAGCCCCGGCGCAGAGGCACGGACGCACGCGCCGAGACAGGUCUGCCGGCUCCGCCGCUGCUGCUGCUGCUCACCAUGGGUGCCGCCGCCGCCGAGCCCCCUCGCGCCAUGGGUCUGGUGUCCAGCGUGGUGAACGACACCCUCGAGUUCUACCGCUGGACCUGGAGCAUCCGAGACAAACGUGUUGAUGAUUGGCCCUUGAUGCAGUCUCCAUUUCCAACACUGACUAUAAGCACUAUUUAUCUCCUCACUGUCUGGCUGGGCCCCAAAUGGAUGAAGACAAGAGAGCCCUUCCAGUUGCGUUUCCUGUUGGUUGUUUACAACUUUGGAAUGGUUCUACUCAACUUCUACAUUUUCAAAGAGCUGUUUUUGUCAUCAAGAGCUCGAGGAUACAGCUAUGUCUGCCAGUCUGUGGAUUAUUCAGAUAAUGUUUAUGAAGUUAGGAUAGCUGCUGCUUUAUGGUGGUAUUAUGUCUCUAAAGGAAUUGAAUAUUUGGACACAGUAUUCUUCAUCCUGAGGAAGAAGUUUAACCAAAUUAGUUUCCUUCAUGUCUAUCACCAUUUCACCAUGUUCACCUUGUGGUGGAUUGGUAUUAAGUGGGUUGCAGGUGGACAAGCUUUUUUUGGAGCUCAGAUGAAUGCAUUUAUUCAUGUCAUUAUGUACAUGUAUUACGGAUUAGCUGCCUGUGGCCCUAAAUUUCAGAAAUACCUGUGGUGGAAACGAUACUUGACCAUAUUGCAAUUGGUGCAGUUCCACGUGACUAUUGGCCACACAGCCAUGUCUAUUUAUAUUGAUUGUCCUUUCCCUAAAUGGAUGCACUGGGGUGUCAUUUUCUAUGCUAUCACCUUCAUUUUCCUGUUUGGUAACUUCUACUAUCGGACAUAUAAGCUGCCCAAGGAACCCGUAAAGAAUGGCAAAAUAGCAAAUGGUGCUGUUGCAAAUGGAGUAAGCAAAGCAGAAAAUAAUGCAGUGGUGGAAAAUGGAAAAAAGCAGAAAAAGGGAAAAGCAAAAGGAGAGUAACUCGAUCCAGGCCUUAACGAUUGUUGGCAGUGAGGAACCUCCAGUUUGGUUUAUAAAAGGAAGAAAAAAACCCCACUAUCUGUACCAAUUAACCUUAGGUUACUGAAGAGCUAGAACACAGAUAUUUUCAUUAUUUAUGAAGAUUGUUUUAAGAACAAUGCUAAAGUUGAAUUUCUAUUGUAAUUAUGUAAUUAUCAUGCAUAUGGUCUCUGUGUAAACUUGUAGACUGCUGGUGUUGGUGAAUGUAAGGAAGAAUUGCAGUUGAUUCCAUGUUUAGCAGUCCAGAAGUUAUUACUACCAUUGAUACAGGCAGUUUUAUU